ACAACACACGGAACCGUCAGCCCGCAGCGGGAGAAAGCUCGCUUAUUGUUGGCACUUCAACGUAGAAUAACGGUCCUAUUUUGUCAGAAAAUGUCAUCCGCAAAUUAUGACUCGGCCUGUUUGCCGGACUUAUUACCGCUGUACUACCGACGGCUGUUCCCCUUCUCCCAGUUCUACCGCUGGCUGAACUACGGAGGAGUGCAGAAGAACUACUUUCAGAAUCGAGAGUUCUCCUUCACACUCAAAGAUGACAUCUACGUCCGCUACCAGUCGUUCAGCACGCAGACCGAGCUGGAGAAGGAAAUGCAGAAGAUAAGCCCUUACAAGAUUGACAUAGGAGCCAUUUACAGUCACAGGCCCAAUCAACACAACACCGUGAAGUCGGGGACCUUCCAAGCCCUGGAGAAGGAGCUGGUGUUUGACAUCGACAUGACGGACUACGAUGAUGUCAGAAGCUGCUGCAGUGCUGCAGACAUCUGCUGCAAGUGUUGGACCCUGAUGACCAUCGCCAUCCGCGUCCUAGACAGAGCUCUUCGAGAUGACUUUGGUUUCCAGCAGCUGCUGUGGGUUUAUUCUGGCAGGAGAGGAGUGCAUUGCUGGGUGUGUGAUGAAGCUGCCAGGAAGCUCUCGGUAACGGCACGCUCUGCAGUUGCAGAAUACCUCAGCCUGGUUAAGGGAGGUGAUGAGACGGUGAAGAAAGUUGUGCUCACAGAUCCAAUUCAUCCUUCUAUCAGAGAGUCUUUGGUGUUUGUGGAGCAAUACUUUCCCCGGUACGCGCUACAGGAUCAGGACAUACUGGGCCGCAAGGAAUCUGUAGACAAAGUGUUGGCGCUGAUGCCUGAAGAUGUGAGAAAAGAAUUACAGCAGGACUUCCAGAACGAGAAGAAACCAGAGAACCGGUGGAAACUGGUGAUGGAUCAAGCCAUAAGGAAACGGAGCACUUCCAAAAAGAGCCUCCACUUUGAGAAAGAGAUCAUGCUGCAGUAUUGUUACCCGCGGCUCGACGUCAACGUCAGUAAAGGGGUGAACCAUUUGCUGAAGAGUCCCUUCAGUGUCCAUCCCAAAACCGGGCGCAUUUCUGUUCCCAUGGACCUUAAAGAAUUAGAAACGUUUGAUCCUUUUGCUGUGCCCACAAUCAGUCAGAUCUGUGAGGAGCUGGAUCGACCCAAGACGGGCGAAGAGGAAGAGAAGUCAGAGGACGCCAAGGAGAAGGAAAACGAAAAGGACGCGGCCGAGAAACGAAAGAUCAGAGAUUACAAAAGAACGAGCCUGGCGAAGUAUGUGAAAUACUUUGAUCAGUUUCUGGAUGGGAUGGCUCGCUCGUGGAAAGGAGAACUUCUCAAAAAAAGUGAUCUUCAGAAAGACUUCUGAACUGGAUCAACAACAAAGAAGCUAUGCAGAAGACCACUUGUUAAUAGCUCCCCAUGACUUAAUCUGAUAUGUGGGAAUUAUACAUAUAAGACUGAUGCAUUUAUAUAAAAAUGUCUCCUUACUCAAGGAUUGUCCUUCCACGAUACCAGUGUAAUGUUGUUUGUCUGUUAUUUUUCUAUUGUACAGUCAUUUGUGAAAAUAAACUUGAUAUUUCAACUUU